UCUCUAAUCUCCCGCCGUCGGAUGUGCAUUCACGUCCAGUGGACUCGCUGGCCUCCAGCACUGGAGUCCAGACUGGACUCCAGUGUGGGUGUGUUACCGCCGUCGGACAAAAAGUCUCAGAUACUCUAGUCCUACGGACUUCGUGCGAACAUGUACCUUGCCAGCGAUCAGUCAUUUCCAGUUUCCCUAUCCAAGAUGCCUCCCUUGUUCCGUGCCCUCAUUGCAUUCACGUUGGCUAUCUUGUUGCCUGCUACGGCACAAGACGUAUGCAGUGGCCACGGUGAACUCCAUGGGAACCAUUGCCACUGCGAACAAGGAUACGAGAGUCAAGGUGUCGAAUGUAUCGCUACGGCCGGAACGACAGCUUCGUGCCCGGCUGGGGGCGUCUCGUGGGAGCUGUCAAUGGCAAUGGCACUGGAGAACGGAACGUACACGGUCUCCUUUGCGAAUAACACGGAGAACAUGGCAAUGUUUGUGUUGCCGCUGAACAUUUCAGUGACCGAUACCGUCACUCAGGAAGAUCUGGAGGCGUCCGUGGACAAGUCCACAAGUCUCCUGGAAGACGUGACGCUGCCUCGCAACGUUGUCAAGGCGUCGCGUGACAUGGCACCGACCGAUCAGUUGCUCUAUGUGGUGCAGCGUAACAAUGCCGAGGAGCUCGCAGCGCUUCAAGCCGAGUGCGAGGCGAACCCGAACAAUACGUGGCAUAUCGACCACUGCGACGGCGCAGACGGCCAUGGCCGGCGGCUGGCGUCGGAGCCUAUGACGGUCAACUUGGUCGUCGAUGAAGCUGGAUACUACGCGUUCCACAUGCAGCACAAUGCGAUCGAGGAGUUUGGCAUGCAAGUGCUCGACGCAGAAGGACAAGAAGUCGGAAUAGUAUUAACCAUGGCAGGCGAAGAAGAAGAUGAAGGAACGUCUGCUGCCCGGAGUGCUUCAACGUCUGUAUGGGUCAAGACGAUGGCCGCCGUGGCGAUCGUAGCUGUGCUGUCGAUUGUUGGGAUCCUCUUGUUGAUUCUCCGUAUCAACGUCCUUACCAAGGUCAUGGAUGCGAUGAUCGCUCUCUCAGCCGGCGCAUUAUUCGGUGCCGCUUUCCUGCAUGUAUUGCCGGAAUCUAUCGAGUUCUACAGUGAAUACGGCCAGAUGGACCUCACGUUAAGUAUGAUGUUCACGGUCGGCUUCGUCGUCGCGAUGGUCGUCGAGAUGGCACUGGAACUCUGGGUCAGUAUUGUAGGGGGAGAGUCUCACACGCACGCUCACCUCCCGACCCUCAGCUCUCCAGUCAACGCGCUGUCUGAUGCUGGCAAACAGUCAGGAACACCUGAGACUGGUGACUACAACGCGGAAAGCACGCCUACUCUGUCACGCAGCAAGAUGCUGAGUGCAUCAACGUUCAGUCUCAAAGUCGACUGGCAUACUAUCAAGCCGAUGGCGUACAUUAUCUUGCUAGGCGACCUGUUCCACAACUUCGUGGACGGUGUUUUAAUCGCCACCGCCUUCCUCGCCUGUGAUGACUCGCUUGGCGUGUCCGUCACGGUCUCGGCCAUUCUGCACGAGUUACCGCAAGAAUUCGCUGACUUUAUCAUCCUCGUUGAGUCCGGUUUCACACCGUUCCAAGCCGUACUCUUCAACUUCCUUAGCGCGCUGUCGGCUUUCAUCGGAGCGAUCGUCGUACUCGCUGCUGUGCCCGUCACGAACGAGACUAUGGGACUUCUACUCGCUGUUGGCUCGGGAACGCUUGUGUACAUUGCAGGCACUGACCUGCUACCCGGGGUUCUACGUGUCAAGUCGGUCGGCCAGUUUUUGGUUAACCUCCUCAUGUUUGGGAUCGGCGUCGGCGCGUUGGCACUUACAACACUACACCACGUGCAUUGCAAUGCCGAUUAAGAUGGAGUGAUAAUUCCUUUGUGGUUCUGCAUUGUAAGGGCUUGCUCUCGUAAAACAAUAUUUGUUCGUGGUUGGUCGCUUCCUUUUAUUUACCCGCAAUUGGAUCUACAAAAUAAAGAUGUACUUCAA